UAACGCUAAGUUUCGGUCGUGCCACAUCACUAUUUAAGAAUUGCAAUAAACUCACAACACUCGUAAUGUCCAGUUUAGUCUACGAGAUUAAAAAACAGACUACCUAAACUUAAAGGACUCGGUGCAAUGUUUUUUUUUUUUACCAGGUAAAAGCCCAAUCACGUAGUAGGUGCAACGCCAUCUAUAAUUUUCUUUGAAACUAUAUUUUUUAAGAAAACCUCCCAUUUAUGUUUGUGAUUAUAAUAUAUUCGUUAUAUUUUGAAAUCAAUGAACUGGAUCAAUCUUGCUGAAUUGUCAGCAAGAUCCAUGGUAUCCAUGGCAUGGAUUGCCAUGGAUACCACAUUUUUUAUACCAAAAAUCAAAGGAGAAUCAUGUACCUAUCCUAAAUAAACACGGACGUAGUCGCGAGCGAAAGCUAGUUUUUACAUAUAAAUGGCCAAAAUGGUGACUUUAUGUCUUUUUCUGAUCAUUGUGACAGCUUUCAGGCAUAGUUUACAGGAUGGUUUAAAAGCUCCGGAAUGUGUGAGACUAGUACAAUUUCCUGGAAAAACAGUAACUUUUGCAGUUAUGUGGAACCCAGUGUUUAGUGAUGAUUCAUGUGAUCCCAUCUUAGGUUAUAUUGCGUAUUUAUGGGAGAUCAAGAAAAUUAAAGCGAUCAUUCAUUGCAAGGGACAGCCAGAAAUGGUGGAUUAUGGACCGGAAGUUGACAAUGACUUCCUGCGAGGAGGUUUACCUGUGAUCCGGUCAGUUCCAGCCGAUUCUUGUAUGGUGGUUUUCCGUAAACUGAAACCAGGAGUUGAAUAUGAAGCUCGAGUCAAGGCCUACACGGAGACCAGAGAAAGCCCAUUUUCUUGCCCGUCCAGGCUUAAGGGUUCAAUAUUCAAGAUGUGUUUUCCUGAGCCGUGAACUCCCAGGGGCUUGAUUUCUGCUAAGUUAAUAAAGUGACAAUUGAAAACAA